AUGUCUAAAGCUGUUGGUAUUGAUUUAGGUACUACCUACUCAUGUGUUGCACACUUCGCUAACGAUCGUGUCGAAAUUAUCGCCAACGAUCAAGGUAACAGAACCACUCCAUCUUUCGUUGCCUUCACUGACUCCGAAAGAUUGAUCGGUGAUGCUGCUAAGAACCAAGCUGCUAUGAACCCAAGCAACACCGUUUUCGACGCUAAGCGUUUGAUCGGUAGAAAGACCUCCGACGCUGAAGUCCAAGGUGACAUCAAGCACUUCCCAUUCAAGGUUGUCGACAAGGCUGGUAAGCCAAACAUCGAAGUUGAAUACAAGGGUGAAACCAAGGUCUUCACUCCAGAAGAAAUCUCUUCCAUGAUCUUGGGUAAGAUGAAGGAAACCGCCGAAGGUUACUUGGGUACCCAAGUUAACGACGCCGUUGUUACCGUCCCAGCUUACUUCAACGACUCCCAAAGACAAGCUACCAAGGAUGCUGGUUUGAUUGCUGGUUUGAACGUUAUGAGAAUCAUUAACGAACCAACCGCUGCUGCCAUUGCUUACGGUUUGGACAAGAAGGAUGAACAAGAAAAGAACGUCUUGAUCUUCGACUUGGGUGGUGGUACUUUCGAUGUCUCCUUAUUGUCUAUUGAAGACGGUAUCUUCGAAGUCAAGGCUACUGCUGGUGACACUCACUUGGGUGGUGAAGAUUUCGACCACAGAUUGGUUAACCACUUCGUUGCCGAAUUCAAGAGAAAGAACAAGAAGGACUUAUCUACCAACCAAAGAGCCUUGAGAAGAUUGAGAACUGCUUGUGAAAGAGCCAAGAGAACCUUGUCUUCUUCCGCUCAAACCUCUAUCGAAAUCGACUCCUUGUACGAAGGUGUUGACUUCUACACCUCUAUCACCAGAGCCAGAUUCGAAGAAUUGUGUCAAGACUUAUUCAGAUCUACUUUGGACCCAGUUGAAAAGGUCUUGAGAGAUGCUAAGGUUGACAAGUCCGCUGUCCACGAAAUCGUCUUGGUCGGUGGUUCUACCAGAAUUCCAAAGGUCCAAAAGUUGGUCUCUGACUUCUUCAACGGUAAGGAACCAAACAGAUCUAUCAACCCAGAUGAAGCCGUUGCUUACGGUGCCGCUGUCCAAGCUGCUAUCUUGUCUGGUGACACUUCUUCCAAGACUCAAGACUUAUUGUUGUUGGAUGUUGCUCCAUUGUCUCUUGGUAUUGAAACCGCUGGUGGUAUUAUGACCAAGUUGAUCCCAAGAAACUCUACCAUCCCAACCAAGAAGUCCGAAACCUUCUCUACUUACGCUGACAACCAACCAGGUGUCUUGAUUCAAGUCUUCGAAGGUGAAAGAGCUAAGACUGCUGACAACAACUUGUUGGGUAAGUUCGAAUUGUCUGGUAUUCCACCAGCUCCAAGAGGUACCCCACAAAUUGAAGUCACCUUCGACAUUGAUGCUAACGGUAUCUUGAACGUUUCUGCCUUAGAAAAGGGUACUGGUAAGACUCAAAAGAUUACCAUCACCAACGACAAGGGUAGAUUAUCUAAGGAAGACAUCGAAAAGAUGGUUUCCGAAGCUGAAAAGUUCAAGGAAGAAGAUGAAAAGGAAGCUAACAGAGUUCAAGCCAAGAACGGUUUGGAAUCUUACGCUUACUCCUUGAAGUCUACUCUUGCUGACGAACAAUUCAAGUCCAAGUUGGAAGCUGACGAAGUCGAAACCGUCACCAAGGCUGCUGACGAGACUAUUGAAUGGUUAGACGCCAACCAAACUGCCACCCAAGAAGAAUUUGCUGACAAGCAAAAGGAAUUGGAAGGUAAGGCUAACCCAGUUAUGUCCAAGGCCUACCAAGCCGGUGCUGCUCCAGCUGGUGCUGCCCCAGGUGGCUUCCCAGGUGCUGCCCCAGGUGGUGCUGCUCCUGACGCUUCCAACGACGGUCCAACUGUUGAAGAAGUUGAUUAA